AUGUCAGAUCAAAGAGCGAAGACAUUCUAUCGCGAAAAUUAUCUCUUUACCCAGUUGACGUACAUGCAGAUUGUAGGGAUGUUCCCUAUCGAUUAUACCAAGUGUCUCCCUCAGCGUCUCGCCUUCCUCUCUGUCAUCCUCAACCGGAUGUACUUCGGCUUCUGGCAACUCAUCUGCAUCCACAUCGCCGUCAUCCAGAUCGCGAGUGUGCACGUGAACUGGGGAAAGAGUCUGGACGACAUCUCUCCAUUCCUCAACACGAGUCUCAUCUACGUCUUCACGUACUACAUCAUUGUGUACUUCCAAGGCCGCUACGGGACUCACGCGGAGCUCAUUGAGUACAUCAACGGCAAUUUCAAGAGCCGCUCAGCGCCGGGGAUUACAUAUGUCACGCUGGAGCCAGCUUACCGCGCAGCCAACAGAUUCACUCACGUCUGGAUUAUUUGCUGCACUUUUGGCACUCUUCACUGGGCGUUUGCCCCCAUUUUGACCGGCACUCGGGCGCUUCCGCUCCACUCUUGGUACCCAUUCAAUGCACUGAGUCCGCAGUACGAAAUCAUCUACAUUUGCCAAGUGCUGGGCCAAGUGCUCGUGGGAAUUGGAUAUGGGAAUGUGGGCGCCAUGCUCAUGAGUAAGAUAACCCUUGUGAACGGUCAGUACGACAUGUUGUUCUGCAGUUUGAAGAAUCUGCAAUCCACGGCAAUGAUUUUAAGAGGAAAUCACAAAGAGCAGCUAAAAAAUCUUCAGAGGAAAAUCGACAGAAGCAGAGAUGAGAUAAAUGAGUAUUAUGUAAGUUGUGAGAUUCUGGAAAAUCUCCCUCAGAUUUCCGACACUGUGACUGCGAAUAUUCCGUCGCACACAGUGAGAGAGAGAGACACUUACUUCAUGGAGUACAAUAAUGAAUUAGUGACGGCACUGAAGGAGUGCAUAAAGCAUCAUCAGAUGAUAAUUAAAUUCUGUCACAUGCUGGAACACUUCUAUCACUUCUAUAAUCUGGGGAAAUUCUUUCAAAUCACCUUCCUUGUGUGCCUUUUGGCCGUCACAGCCACAACUGGCCAGAACUCGGCUAUGAAGAUGGUGACAAUAGCUGAAUACCUCAGCUUAGCCACGUCGGAAUUACUCCUCUUCUGCUACUACGCCGACAUGCUGACAUAUCAGAGCACUCGCCUCAAUGAGGCCAUCAUUCGCAGCCCUUGGUACACUUGCGGCGGACCAAUAAGGCGAGACCUGAUUAUAAUGCUGGCAAACUCGGUCAAACCUUUCACCCUCACUGCCGGGAAGUUCUUCUUGCUGACCGUCGAGAGCUUUAAAUCCGCAAUGGCAGCAUCAUUCUCUUACUACACGCUGCUGACCAAGUUCCGGACACGUGGCGAUGCAUAAGUGAAACACUGGCGCAAUAUACCUUGAGAAACGGGUUA